UCGUGCGAGUAAUCGCAUUUGCAAACAAGUCCAUGUCCCGAAGUUACAAGAAGAGAAACGAUGACCACAACUCCACAAGCAAGUCAAACACUCAAUCAACAUACAAGUAUACAACACCCAAGCAAGUAAUCAAUCUCCAGAAGGCACUUGUCAUUAUUCUCUUGCAAGAAAUGGCUGCUACAACAAUUGCUCAUUCCUCUCUCUCCUCAGCCAUCUCUCGCUCCUUCUUCACCAGAAAGCACACCAGCAAAGUAAGAAGCAACACCAUCAUUGCUUACAAAACUCGGGUUUCGUCUUCCAACUCAGUCAAGAUCAGUGAUGCCAUAUUAUCCUUUUUCGCAACGAAAAAACAAGAAGCCAUUUCUUCUUCUGCUUCUUCCAAAUCUGUAAUUAACUCAACGUUUGACUCAAUCUUUGUGGUUUGUACUUCCUUGGCUUUGUCAUUCUCGCUCGUCGUUGUCAACGUCGAUCCGGCAUCGGCGUUUGUAGUCAGCACGCCACGAAAAUUGCAAUCGGAUGAGCUCGCUACUGUCCGCCUUUUCAAGGAGAAUACUCCCUCUGUUGUUUACAUCACCAAUCUUGCUACCAAGCAGGACGCGUUUACAUUGGAUGUGUUAGAGGUGCCUCAGGGGUCUGGAUCAGGCUUUAUUUGGGAUACACAGGGUCAUAUAGUCACCAAUUACCAUGUAAUUCGCGGUGCUUCUGAUCUCAGGGUCACUCUUGCUGACCAAUCUACCUACGAAGCCAAAGUUGUUGGGUAUGACCAAGAUAAAGAUGUUGCUGUUUUGAGCAUUGAUGUAACUAAAGAAAAAUUGAGACCAGUACCCCUUGGUGUCUCUGCAGACUUGCUUGUUGGUCAGAAAGUCUUUGCUAUUGGGAACCCAUUUGGACUUGACCAUACGCUGACAACAGGUGUUAUCAGUGGGCUUAGGAGAGAGAUCAGCUCUGCUGCAACGGGACGACCAAUUCAAGAUGUUAUACAGACUGACGCUGCUAUAAAUCCUGGUAACAGUGGGGGUCCACUUCUAGAUAGUUCUGGCAGCCUCAUCGGGAUAAAUACUGCUAUAUACUCACCUUCUGGUGCAUCUUCUGGUGUUGGUUUUUCGAUCCCUGUUGAUACUGUUGCGGGAAUUGUAGAUCAGCUUGUGAAAUAUGGGAAAGUUACAAGACCGAUUCUAGGGAUUAAGUUUGCCCCGGAUCAAUCCGUAGAGCAGCUGGGAGUUAGUGGAGUGCUCAUUCUAGAUGCUCCACCAGCUGGUCCUGCUGGCAAAGCGGGACUUCUGUCUACAAAACGUGAUGCCUAUGGACGGCUUGUAUUAGGUGAUAUCAUAACAUCAGUGAAUGGGAAAAAGGUUACUAAUGGUAGCGAUUUGUACAGAAUUCUUGACACCUGCAAAGUAGGAGAUAAGGUGACUGUUGAGGUUUUGCGAGGUGAUCACCAAGAGAAAGUACCUGUUAUCCUCGAACCAAAACCUGAUGAGUCAUAGUGAAUCAUAAUGUAUAAUUUAUGCCAUGUAAAUUGGGAGCCGUACAUGUAUUUUUUUUUUUUUUGAAGGAAGGUGGUAACCAUCUCUUAUUAUUGCUUCAUACGAAGUAGUAGUACUUGAUUUGCAUACAACUAAAUAGAAAUUAUUUCCAUUGAAACGCGCUGGUGGAAAGCCAACAAUUGUUGCUUCGGAAAUUAUUAAAAAAUCAAUACUUUCUCAAUUCCUUAAA